UCUGAGCUCAGGACCGGGGAUUAAGCGGUCGAGAGCAAUCCCAAUACGAUGACAGCAUCCAGCCUAAACCCCCACGCGCCACACCGUCCGGACACGGAUUCUACCGAUUCUGACAAACUAUUCUGUCUGCUCUCUCUCUUCAAUCACUUAAUUUGACCCUCCCGAUCCACAACCCCGGUCCGUCUUUUUCUUUAGAACACGAGGUGAGUUAGUUUUUUCGUGAUUUUAUUCUCCUCUUUAUUGUCAAACUGUCUGGACGGAUGCUGGAGGAGCUGGCGACUCCCGGGAUUACAAAUUCUGAUUGGUCCUGAUGAUCACAAGGGCCCUCUUCCACCUCUUGUCGGCCAAUCCCGAUGGGGCUCCGGAGCUGAUGUCACAGAUGGCCCGAGGAUUUUCAUGUUUGGGAAUCCAGAAGAUACAAGCAAUAGCACGUUAAAUGGAGGAGAAAGAGAGGAGUAGGAGUCGGUCUCUGUCUCGUAGCCGUAGGGCCACCCGGGUGCAGCAGGUGGUGGGGACGUUGAUCAGACGCACCCGCGAAUCACUCAGCAGAGAGCGGAUCCUUGGGGAUGGGAGGUCCAACCGGUCUGGCAGCGUGACCAGUCAGAACUUCCCGGUGAGGCUAACGGUUCAGAUCGUCAGAGACCCGGUGUUGGACUCCAGCGGUCAUGGGUUCUCCCUCUCCAAACAGCACCCUCUGCUGGUCAGGGACGUGGCUGCAGGAGGCCCAGCAGAUGGGAUACUGUACCCUGGAGACCAGGUGUUACAGAUCAAUGACCUGCUGGUGGAUCAUCUCAGCUAUGAACAGCUGCAAGACAUCACCAGGGACUUGGAGGACUUUGUCACAAUGACAAUCCUAAGGAACAUGACAGGUCCUAAGUCGUCCAUCAUGUCGGCAGAGAAGAGGGCUCGUCUGAGGAGUAACCCGAUCAAAGUACGCUUUGCAGAGGAAGUGGUUGUCAACGGUCACACUCAGGGGAACUCUCUUCUGUUCCUUCCCAAUGUUCUGAAGGUGUAUCUGGAGAACGGACAGACCAAGGCCUUCAAGUUUGACACUACCACCACCGUCAAAGACAUCGUUGUGACUCUGAAGGACAAGUUGUCUAUCCGCUGCAUUGAGUACUUUGCUCUGGUGCUGGAACAGCAGUACAGCAUCACCAAGCUACUGCUGCUGCAUGAGGACGAGUUCAUACACAGGGUGGUGCAGAAGAAGGAGAACAGCAGCCAUGACUACAGGUGUCUGUUCAGGGUGUGUUUCAUUCCCAGAGACCCCCUGGAGCUGCUACAGGAAGACCCCACCGCCUUCGAGUACCUCUUCCUGCAGAGCGUCGGGGACGUUCUACAGGAGAGGUUUGCGGUGGAGAUGAAGUGUAACACUGCACUGCGUCUGGCUGCCCUGCACAUGCACGAGAGACUGAACAGUAUAGGCUCCACCCGGACCUCUAUCAGGAGCAUCACGAAAGAGUUUGGUCUGGACAGCUUCAUCUCACCCACUCUGCUCAGUAACAUGAGAGAGAAGGACCUGAGGAAAGCCAUCAGCCACCACCUCAAGAAGAUCCAGUCACUGCUGGAGCCACAACAGAAGGUGAUCCCAGCCACCCAGGCCCGGCUGGCCUACCUCACCCAGCUUGCAGAGCUCAUCUCCUACGGGGGCCGCUCCUACACAGCCACCAUGAUGUUGCAGGACCGGGAGGCGCUGGUCAGUCUGUUGGUGGGGGCGCGCUAUGGCCUGAGUCAGGUGGUCAACCACAAGCUCAACAUGGUGUCCACCCUGGUAGACUUCAGCAGCAUCAGUAGAGUGGAGCUGCUCUCUGAGUCAGACAGAGUCAGCCUGCUACGCAUCUCCCUGCACGACAUCAAGCCUUUUGCCUUACUGAUGGACUCUCUGGCAGCCAAAGACCUGGCGUGUCUACUGGGGGGCUACUGCAAGCUCCUGGUGGACCCCAGAGUGUGUGUGUUCCGUCUGGGACGCCCCAAGGUCCGGGUUCACAGGAUACCUGCUGAGGAAGGUGUGUGUGAAGGGAAGUUCGCCGUUAUAGAGGGAGUGUGCUAUGAAUCGCUGACAAGCUAUGUGUCCCGCUGCUGGAGUGACUCCAAUGACUCUUCAGAUGAGGACUACCCUGCCGAGCCUCCGCCAACGCACACCCGCAAACGCCACGCACCCGCCAGCAAAGACAGGGAGGGGUGGAGGAGAGAAAAGGAGGAGCAGAGAGGUGCAGAGGGAAAGAAAGAAAGAGCUGAAAAAGAAGACAAAGAUAAGCAUGAGGUGAAGAUCAUUGUGACGUCAGAGAAGGACAUGGAAGUUGAGGAGGAGGACGGAAGAGAAGAUGGAGGAAGAGAGAUACAUCUAGGAGGUAACGCCAAUGAAGGAAGAGUGGAACAGGACAUGGUACUGGACACUAACUGGUAUCACACAGACCCACGGGUUAACAGUAGCUUCUCCAGCCUGUCCAGUGGCUCUUUGAGUGCUGCCUUGGAGGAAAGCGGUGUCGCAGCCAGGGAAGAGGACCCAGCCAAGGCCUCCUCUCGUGUGGACGCCCUGCGUGAGGACAGCCCCUCUCGCCGGUCCAAACAGCCGACUCGGGGGAUUGCCACACUUGAUGUCCACCAUCCAUUCCUCCUGGAGGUCACAGCUCCCUCUCCACAGCGCCAGAGAGAGGGCGCCGCCGGCAGCACGGCCUCCGCACCCGUACGCCCCACCAACCUGAGUUACCGUAGCAACGAUAGCUCGUGUCUUUGCUUCGCCGAGCUUUCCCAAGGCAGCUACCUCCCUAGCCCCCCCGAGGCCACCAGCGACGAGGAGGAGACGGAGGAAGUUGAGGAUGACGAUGAUGACGAGGAACUGAGACGGCUCUCUAAGAUACCCAGUCAGAUAGACCUGCGCCUCAUCGACAAGAUCUGCGCCCGGUCUAACAAAACUGCUUCCAACAACAAGUUAGACAUCCCCAGGAUCAUCCCCAACCUCACCUCCUGUGAAAAGAGGACUGUUUGUAGCUCCGCCCACAAAGGGGAGGAGCGUCUAUCAAUUCACUCUGGAGAUUCCGAGCCUUUCCUAACGCCGUCCCCUAAUCCUCCUCCUCCUAUUGCUAGGGAAAGUGCUUCGGAGUCAGAUGAUGAGUUCUUCGAUGCCCAGGAGAGGUUCACUCCUCCAGUUCCUUCUGAUGGUACAGAAAACAGUUUGGAUGCAGCUGACAAUAAGAGGCACAGUAAACGCUGGACUGGCACAGGGAACGGACUGCCAGUGGUACCAGAGAUGGAACCUCCCUCACCCCUCAAAAAGAAGCACUCCUCCCCUGACGACAAGAAACAGCAGGAGACCCAACGAGACCCAAAGCCCCACUCAAACCGGGCUUCCACUCAGAGGGUUGAUGCCAAGACCAAGCCUCCACCAUUGGCCCCCAAGCCCCAGCUACCCAUAAAACCUGAACUGGCCCCCAAGCCCCAGGUGGGCCCCCAGAGGUCUCCCCAGCGCGGCGGUCCAUACUCCCAUUGUAACGGAGAUGCUGGUGGGGGCCAUGCGGGCCUGCUGGAGGUAGACACCAUGGAACCAGACACUAUGGAGUUUAAAUCAGUCACCUCGGGAGCGGGGGGGCCACCACUCGCCUCCCCCCUCAUCACGGCGGUACGGAAGAGCCAGCAACCCCCUGCCGGUCCACAGGGUGUGGAGAACGGGCCUAAGAUAGAGAACAGUUCUAAGCAAGAGAACGGUUCUAAGAACGGGACUCAUCACGUGCUUCCUAAGGACCGUGUUCUGGUCACUGCUGACAACAGGAGAGCUGAUGUUGAAACUAAAACAAACAGGGUUACCCUGCUGAAGGGAGAGGUCAGAACGGGGGUUGGGGUGGACCUCCCGAAAAAGCUGCCAAGCCUGUCCCCCAUUCCACAUUCUGCUUCAGGAGAUGAGAUCAGGUUGAGCCUGGCCACCCCUCCACCAGUCUCUCCCAAACCCUCUCCUCCAUCUCUACAUCCCCUAUCAGUCCUCCCCAUCCCGGUCUCACCAAAUGAGAAAGAGGGGACGUGUCCGCCGAGCGGCCUCCACCUCUGGGUUAGUUGCAACGGGAGCAAUCAGACCGGGAGGAGGGUCUCUCUGAGUCACGAGAACUUGUCGCCCAAAAAUACAGACGCCCCCCUCAGCCUGACCACCUCCCUCACCACCUCCUCUAAAGGGACAGCGGGAGACCCAGAGAGCACAGGAAGGUCAGGGUCAGACCUGAGGGUCAGUUCUUCCAGCCUGGGGGGCCGUCUGCCUACCUCAGCCCUGAGAGGGAGGAUCCAGGCCCUGCCCUGGUACAUGACCCGCUCGCAGGAGAUCCUGGGCACCCUGGACCACUCUUCCACCAGCUCCGUCAACGAGGAUGUCACGUCUGGGUACGGCUCCGGUCUGUCAGUCAGCGGAGCCUCUGAGGUCAGCAAGGUCACUGCCCAGGCACCAGUUGGUGAGACUGCAGGGGGAAAAGGGAAGAAGGAAGUGGAGGAUGGAGCCGAGGUUGUCAUAGCAACCAUCAAAGAGUUCCAGGAAGUGACUCCGCGUGCGAAGGAGGCCAAUGGGAAUAGCGGGUCGCACCUCAACCUGACCCUGAGAGAAAACGCCGCACACGUCUCAGAACCCUACGGAUUCCUGGGGUCCUGCAAGUCGGAGCAGCCUCAGUCCAGACCCCACUCAGAGGUGGGGUUAGGGGGCGGUUCAGGCCCGCCCCUAGAGGGGGACUCUCUGGAGCACACCCCUCCCCCGGCCCACCGUGAGGCGUGCGGCUGCCGCACCGUCUACGCCAACUGCUUCAGCGGUGACGUGGAGGACGGCUGUGGCUUCGACGAGGAGCUCACCAUCUACGAGUUCUCCAAACGCACGCGCCCCAAACCAGCCCAUUCUACACCCCUGGCCUCCCCCACCUCCCCCAUCCCCUCCCCCGUCAUCCUGUCCCUGCUGAGAGACACCCCUCGCCCCCUCUCCACCCUCUCCACCACCUCCUCAGAGCUCAGCCCACUCCUGUCCCGCCCUGUCUCCCCCACGCCCCCCAUCGGCUCCCUGCGUUCCCUCACCAACAAGCACUAUGGGGGGCUAAAAGGGGGCUUCGUCUCCCUGAGACAGGACAUCAAUCAGCUCCUACUGGUCCUGGCUGGGCCACCACCAUCAUCAGAACCCUCCAAAACAGAUCAGGAUGAGGGUGGAGAAGGGGGACCCAACCCAACCCAAGAAGAGGGUCCAACCGCGUGCUGUGGAGGUGCAAGUCCUCCGCCCAUGACGGAGCCUGAGAGGAAUUUACUCCAGGCGGAGGCACGGCGGUGGCAACAGGGUGCCAACGUGCCACGCGUGUGGGCUGGGCUCCAGAGGAGGCACUUCGUUCCUUAUCCAACAGUUUCAGUGCCCUGGUGCAGCUCUCCGCAGCCUGCCUGAGAACACACCCCUGUCCUGGAUGUGACGUCUGCCGCAACGGGGGUCAGAUCCAGAGCACUGAUGAUGAUGGGGGCCAGGAGGAGGCUCUGGACAAGCUGAAGGAGAUCGUAGGGCUGUACAGGGAGUUUGUUGGGGCUGUGGAGACUGCUGGAGCCGGUUCUGGGUCCAGCAGUGGGACGGGGUCUGGGGAUGGACACGGAGAGGGCGAAGGGGUGAGGCUACUGGCCAAACGGUGCACGGUGCUCAUCUCUUCCGUCUUUUCGCUAACACAGCUAUUCAGGACGCACUCGCCGGACUUGCCAGGUCACACGCCUCUCAACUUUUGACCUCUGAACUUUUAAAACUCCUUCUCGCUACCAGGUCUAAGGUGAUGCAGUACAGUACAUACACACCUGUACAGUAAGUGCCAUGCACACACACACACACACACACACACACACACACACACACACACACACACACACACACACACACACACACACACACACACACACACACACACACACACACACACACACACA